AUGCUGGCCCACCUCAGAUCCCGUAGCAGGAGCGUGUUUACCAGCAGCCAGACUCACUCUCAUGUGAAAGAAGGGUACGACUAUCUGGACAUCAGCAACAGCUUUGUGAAGCCAUGGAGCUCCAUGCAGGUCAGAAAGUUCAUCAUGUUUAAGCUUUUUUCUGUUCCUGUAUUUUUCUGCUCCACAUUUUCUUUAGAUCUGACUGCAAGAACAACAUCCAUCUGCACAGUAGAUCUAGUUUUUACUUGGAUCAUUUUUGUAUCAUCUUUGCAAAAUAACUGAAUCAGAAGGCAAUAUAUAUAUUUGUGGGAUUGCACUGUUGUGUUUUUUAAUGUUUCAAUUUCCAGCAUUUUUUCAGUUUUACACAAUUAUUCCUGUGUCGUAUGUUUUUACAAGUGUCCUCUCAUUAGUCAUGUCGUGUUUGUUCUCUGCCGAGUUCUAUAUUCAUGCUGUAUAAAAGAUUUCAAAGCUGAAUUCACUUGCUGAACUUAAUCAUAAGUUUUGUUCUUUUUGUGAAGGACCUUAGCAGAGACAUCUAUGAUCUUUAUGCUGAGUAUGAAUUUGAGGAAGAGGAGGAUCGAAGCCUAGUGUCUCCCUCUCGCCUGCUGCUCUCUCAAACCCAACACUUCAAUCUUAACAUCAACGUUGGAGGAACGGUAAACAUAAAGAGAAGACCUGCUACCUUUCAACAAAGUUCUACUUUGUAAUCUGAUCUUAUACUGUUUUUGAAAGCUUUGUAUUGCAUUUAUAACUACAUUCAAAUUAACUUUUUCUUAACCAUGCAUGUAUAAAUGUAUAUCUGAUUCUCUUCUACCCCUCUGCAGGUUUACCUCUUGCCCUCCAUGUUAGCUGCCAGGUAUCCAAAGACAAGGAUAGGCAGGUUGGCCACAUACACCGACCACAACAAGAAGCUUGACCUGUGUGACGACUAUGUUGUCCAGAGCAAAGAGUUCUUCUUCGACCGGGACCCCAAACUCUUCCACAACAUCUAUAAUUUCUACAGGUUUUCUACAAUUUAUUAAGGGCCAAAGAUGAUAGAGAUGACCUCUGUUCCUGGCUCAUUAUCUCCUGUCUCUGUCAUUCCCAUCAGAACUGGAGUUUUGUGCAUCAAGGACGAGCUGUGUCCUCGCAACUUCCUUGAGGAGAUCAAUUACUGGGGUGUGAGAAUCAAAAACAGUCAACGCUGCUGCCGUAUCUCCUUCGAGGAGAGGCAGGACGAGCUGAACGAGCAGCUGAAAAUACAGAAACAGCUGAUGGCAGAGGUAGGUUAACAACAGCCGGCAUGGCUGCUUUUGUUUGCAGGAAUGUCCUGCAUUUCCCUUAAACUCUAGAAACUGGUUUGGUCUAAGCAGCAUCCCUUUUUAACAUCUAUUGGCCUUUGUGUGAAGGAGUGAAGUCCGGGUCUCUGUUCUGGGUUAAAAGAACACCACAGAGAUCUGAGAGACCAUCCCCAUCAAAAUCACCAGUGGUUCCCUCACUGCUGCAGAUUCUGGACACAUCAGCAAAUACAAAAUACUUCUCCUCACCGACAAAUCCCUCCACCCGAACACUCUGUCCCAGAACUUCUGGUCUUCAGACACCAGACUGUUGUCCACCCUAAACACCUGACUUUGUUCACAAGGGGGCAGGGCUUUCAGUGUCACCACACCACCACUCACUGAAACAACUAGUUGGCUAAUUUAAGUUUUACUAUUACAGAGGCAGAUAUAUUGUAUGUGACAACAACCGUGACCACUCAUGAAGAUAAGAUUUUCUUAACAGUCAAAACGUUGAAAAUAAAUACAGAAAAUGUUCAAACAAAAGUCCUCGAACAUGGUUAUGUGCAUAAAAACAUUGGGAAAAAUUGGUUAAUGCUAGCUCUCAACCACUUUAAGCUAAUUAUGUUAGCUAGUAAACACGUUUGCCAUUUGUUUCUUGCUAACCUAUUUAUGAGUCUCAUCAUAAUAGAUUGACAACGGUGUAACAAUCCAUUUUUAAGUGUAUGAAAUGGCCUUCCCCAUCCUGAGCUUAAAAUUACUUACCAAAAACACUAAGUAUUCUUACUGGGACCGUGCUAAUAUUGGGUAAAAAAAUGUGGUAGCUUGAGAGCCCAGAUUUGCUGAGCUGCUGGCAUGGCUGUACACGCUGAGUCAUGUUUUCUGUCUUAUCAUGUUAAAUUAACCAGCACCGCCUGACAAAGAGCGUCUGCUGUAUUAUUUAAUUUAGAAAUGCUAAUGCUGCUUGUUCCACUAUACACAUUUCUCCAAUGAAAGUAUCUUAUCCUGAAUAACUAGACCUUAGGGCAAACAGGAGGACUGUUAGUUAGCACACUUCUCUCAGUGAAGAGAUUCACUGACAGACAUGUAUAAAUUCUGUAGAGCACCAUUAUUACGGGCACUCUAAUUUCUUGUUUUUCGCCCUCCUGGUGCCGUAUAUUUAAAAAGACAUCCCUUACGAGCGUCAUCGGUUCAGCGGCUUGUUUCUUUAUUUUUAUUACCUGUGACAUUUUGUCAGUAAUCUGCUGCCUGACUUCAUGCCUGCAUGACCUACAUUAUAAAUCACUGCUGCAGUGACUUAACAGAUGGAGAAUGGAGAAUAAGCUUUUCCUUGGCAUAGAUUUAGACGGCUGUUUCUUUCUGAACCGGGUUGAUGUACCCAUUUCUUUCUUAUUCUACCUGUUUAAUGGUUUUUGAAGCAUAUUUGAGGCUAUUGUAAUGUAUCUUUUUUUGUAUCUGGGUUGUAAAACCAGGUGGAGAUGGAGGAGAAUGAGGCGUUGUUUCACGACAUGGCUUUUGGGUCAAUCAGGAGGAAAAUCUGGAACUUGAUGGAGAAGCCGUUCUCCUCGAUCACCGCCAAGCUGAUGGGGGUGGCCUCCUCCAUGUUUGUGUUGAUCUCACUUGUCGCUAUGACGCUAAACACUGUGGAGGAGAUGCAGUACAAGGUGUGUGUUGGCACUAAGCGUCUGUGGUAUCUUGUAAUGAAGAGCCUAAAUCAUAAAAUUAGUAAACUUGUGUUUAUAGUUGGUAAUCUGCUCAACAACAUUCCUACAGGGAUUUAACUCAAAAACAAGAUCCCUUUUAUUUGUUUGGAUUCAUUUCUUCGCCAGACCCCGUCAGGUCAGCCCAGUGGCAGAUUCUACGGCGAGAACGUGGAGACUUUCUGCAUCACCUUCUUCACGCUAGAGUACCUCCUGCGCCUGGCCUCCACCCCUGACAUCAAGUGUUUCAUCCGCAGCGUGCUAAACACAGUGGACCUGGUCGCCAUCCUGCCUCACUACCUGCAGAUGAUCCUGGAGCACUUUGAGGACGAGGACAUACAUCUGCACUCAGAGGACAUUGAGAAUGUAGGACGGGUCGGAAAGGUAAGAGGAAUCAGAACCAGAGAGCAGCUGGUUAAAGGAGGAAAAAGUCAGCUUUACAUGCGCGUUCACUGGUUUUUCCUCCGUCUGCCUGCAGCUGGGUCAAGUCCUGAGAAUCAUGCGUCUUAUGAGAAUCUUCCGGAUCUUGAAGUUGGCUCGUCAUUCGACGGGGCUCAGAGCUUUUGGAUUCACUCUAAGACAGUGUUACCAGCAGGUCAGAGACGAUGACUCGUGUCAAGUGUCUGCAUAUUUGAAUUGUAAAUCAAAGAAUGGACAGAAUCUGAUGAGGCGUUUUAGUUUUCCCACACUAAGAAUCUUUUAAGAGGUGUUUAUUAAAUUGAUUUCAUUAAGCUCUAUAUAAUAAACUAUAUUGAAACAGACCAUUGCAUCCAAAUUAGACACAGCAUGAGACUUAAUUAACAAAUCAAUUGAAGGAGGCGGUUGAUAUUAACUGUGUUUGCGUGUGUGUGCAGGUGGGUUGUUUGCUGCUCUUCAUCGGUAUGGGCAUCUUCGUGUUCUCAGCCAUGGUGUACACUGUGGAGCACGAUGUUUACAACACCAACUUCACCUCCAUACCACAUGCAUGGUGGUGGGCCGCUGUGAGUGUACAAACACAAAGAGACAUAAACACCAUUCACACAGACUGUCUCAGUACGGUCAGCAUCCAGCUGUCAAUUACGGCCAAUUAUGUUCUGUAUUGUGAACGAUUUAUGCGCAUUAUGUGCAGCUGCUUGACUGACACCUUCUUCUCUUCACACUGGUUUUAGUUAUUAAAAAAUAUAGUUUACCAAUCAUAAGUCUUGUCCUUUACAGUCUUGUUUGCUUUUGUAUUUCAUGAAAAGUCAUCAAUGUGAAUUUCAGUCGACAAACGUCAUAAAAUUCCUCAUAAUUGCUUAAAAAAUAACUUCAAUUUUGUUUCCGAGCUUCUAUUUAGCUUCAAAAUGUUCAUUUUUUUGUGAUUUUUAAAAGCUGCAUCUGUCCAUACAUGAAUAAUAUGGAUAAGUAGAAAUCAUCAAGUAUGCAGUCAAGCCUGUACUGUAAUUAAAUUUGUCCCUCUUGCCCCUCAGGCGAGUAUUUCCACAGUGGGCUACGGCGACAUCUUUCCAGAGACCAACCUGGGCCGAAUCUUCGCUUUUGGCUGCAUCUCCUUCGGUGUCAUCCUGAACGGCAUGCCCAUCUCCAUCCUCUAUAACAAGUUUUCUGACUACUACACCAAACUCAAGUCCAAUGAGUACACAGCUGUCACCAAGGCCCGGGGGAAGAUGCAUUUUGCCAAGAGAGCAGCCAAGAAGUUGGCAGAGUGCUGCGAGGACGCUGUUAGACCAAGAACAUCCUGCCUGCAGUGA